AUGACGUCUCGACCUGGAAAUAUGCCACCGCUAUCGGUGCGUCGCCACGACCAAGACGAGGUUUCCGACAUGUAUGCUGGAAGUUUCACCGGAAGUCGAUCCAUGACCCGAGGGCAGGCUCCUGGGUCAGUUCUCACUGCUCCUGACGUGGAAGAUGUCAGGUCGACGUCGAGCAGUUCAGGGACGCGUCCAGCACGGAGUGGCAGCAGCCAUAGCAACCAUUCUUCGGGGCGAAGCGGCAGUCGUAGCACCACCUCUUCUAGGAGUGGCAGCCGGAGCACCCAUUCCUCCGGCCGCGGCGGUCAGCGACGCGUGACUAGGUCGAAGAGGUCGUAUCGCGACCCCAGAAUCAGCGCAAAGGCGAGGAUCAGUUUCGCCUUCGGCAUUACCCUAGUCAUUGCGAUCAUCAUCUACUUGGUAUUGGUCUUCACGGGAACUGCCAGAGGCAUAAUGUUCCACGUGCUAUCGAUACUCCUGAUUCUGACAUUGGCUGGAGUCUUCUUCCAUCAGCUCGUCAGCAUGCUUAUGCUGAGACGACGUCCCGUCAAGCCUCGAUAUAGGGCGGCGCACAGUUCUAGGCAUCAACAUGCACGACGGCAGGCCAGAGAAGCUGCUCCUAUCACGGACGAGUUGCCUCCUGAAAAGCCCAUCCAAAUUCACAUGGCGUCCGAUGACGGCUUGGGUCCGGACCUCGAAGCAGGGGAACAUCCAGCCGUACGAAAACCACCUCCAACAUACGGUAACACUCGCACAAGCAUGAGGAUCAAUCCAGAUUUCGUCUAUGCAAAGCAGGUAGUGCCCUCACCUGUAACACCGACCUACGAUUGA